ACGCUGUCCUUAUGGCCAGUGACUUGUCAGUUGGGAUUUAUUCUACCAUUAUGUGCAUUUGUUACCAACAUAGAGUAAAAAAUAUGCAGAAAAACGUAGACAGAGUUAGAACGCCAUUGUUCUCAAUUACCAUGCUGUGGUCAAUAGGCAAGCCUAGAAAAUGAUGCACAGUUAAGGUCAAAUCAUGGCAAUUAUAAAGAUCAUUCUUUCCAUUAAAUCCGUACGAACUGGCUAUUAUAACCUGACAGCUCCACUAACGUUGGAAUCUACGCGUAUAGGCAGAGAUACGGUCGCAGUAACGUACACUAUUUACAAUGAAUUUUAAGCAAUUCAAUCGAUCGACGGUUUAAGCGACCGACCACCAUGUUGAUUAAUAUCAUUGCCGAAGCUACACUAAAAGCGCAAGUAUAUGGGAGUUUUACCUGAGGCUAGUUUAAUUACGACUCUCUCCAACGUUAUGCCUUCGUUCUUUUUUAGUCAGCGUCGUGGUGAAGCUAUUGGCUUUUUAAACCGUUAAUCAAUCUACGAAUUGGAUUGAUCGAAGUAAACCCAAGAGUCAUUUGCGUUUCAAUGAGCUGACCUGUGUUACGUGGGGCAAACUGCCCCAACAGAAUAUUAGCAGAAUAGCGCGGUUCAUUACUGCGGUGCUGUCAGAAUGUCUUACGGAACGUAUUUUACACCUGUCAAAAUAUUUGUCAUUUCUUAGUAUUAUACUGAACGCCAAACUGCGCCGCCUUAUGUUGCGCUGAAGGAUAACGUAUUAUACUGCGGGCAGCGGCAGUCUAUUUCGACGCUUUUCUACCACAAGCUAAAUGCUUCUGUCCGACAUCAAUGGUUUUGGCCGUUGGCCUGGAAAAAGGUUUGUUGAUUUACUACGGCCAUUUUUCCAUUGCUGCUAGUCGACUGAUCGUUUUGGAGAGACAAAACAAUAGAAGUGUGUCGCCUUCGUAGGACCACUUCGCAUAUGCUCUCUACACUCAUACGACAAUAGCUGACAUUCAGCCUAGACACAUCUGAACAUUGCUGACAUUAUGCAACAACUCAACGUUGUUAUCAUCAUUCCACCAAUCAGUGACAGAUACGCUCUACUGUUUAUUAUAUGUUAACCUUGGUAAGGCUUGACUCAAACUAUUUUAUUAGGUUCGACUCGUUCCUGCUGCUGGGGAAGGUCAGGACAGACGACGUGAGGUGACAGCAGAUGUGUCGACUUCUGCUGCUGUCCGCUGAAUUUUUACGUCGACCAAAAUCAUUGUCGCGGUUUUAUCUGCUGCUUAACCGUUUGUCAGUCCGUUGUUGUCACAAUAUUCCGAACUAGUAGCUUACACGCUAACAACAACAGCAAGCAAAUUUCGGACGCAGGACGAUACUAUGAUGGUUCUCACUUAACAGGCUUUCCUACUAAACUUUUUUUAUCGUCUUCAAUCAUACGCGUAGUGCUUCCCCGGCGCGGGCAGGUCGACGCUGCUGUGGCCGCUGCCAUCGCUGCGUCCCCUUUCCCCACAGUGGUAUAAGCGGCGGUGGCUGCAGGUGCAAAAUUCGUCGCAUUCUGAUGAUCCGUUCUUCUGUCUACGUAUACGUAUGUGUAGAUACGUGUUCUUUACCGCGGAAAGACACCAAGCACUACUAGCAGCGGUAGCAACAACAGCGGUCAAGCCAGACAGGACCGUGAAAACAAAUAGAAGGCGGAAGCAGCGAUGAGUGUAUGAUAUUCGGAUGGCUUGCGGAUGCCCAUAAUAAUGAUUGCGUCGGGUUGUGCAGAUGAUGACGAUUAUGUUUGUACUGGCCAUGACUGCCGUGAUCAUAGUGACCCUCGAGAGCACAGAGGGCGCUGUUGCCCCAGUAUUUUUCGGCGGUGGAUAGGCGCGACGGCGGCGCUGGCUUAAACCAGCAGUCGGGUCCAUCUUCAUCCCGUGUGUAUUCCUGUUCGCAAGACGGUAGUCCUUCUCCGUUGACAGAUGUUGUGUUGCUUGCAGGAAAGCUAACGAAGCAACAGAAGAAUACGAAAAAUUACGAUAAUAAUGAUGAUUAUGCUGAGAGGAGUAGUGAUGGGAACGGUGUUGUGCGCGUGACUGCAUGACUCAAGCAUGCAAGAAAACUAGGAACGAGUAGGUAAGCGACUGUACGCACAGACAUAUACACACAAGUUGUGUAUUAAUAUAAAAACUAUUCCGAGAUCGAUAUCUACAUUUCGACAGUAUCUCUCGGAGAUACUCUCAUUUCAGUUCGGGAAUGGAACUCGAUGUUUCUAAAUCCAGAACGGAGCACUUAUGUAAAAAAUUGUGGAGGAAAGUCAAGCUGGAUAAGAGUCAAAGAUUCGAUGCUUCAGCGUUCGUUGUUUCGGCUAGUGAAUUCUGAUGUGAGGUGUUCCAAGUCAAUAUUGUUAGCGGUCCCGUUAGCCAGGUUAUUAGACCGUCCACGUCGUGGCGGCAGCGAUGGCACUAGUUAUUGUUGAUUUGUAGAAGCACCGAGUGAGCGACUGAUCAUUUGAUUAAUCGGCCUAAUGCUCUCUAUCAGUGAUAAGUCAACGAAGGGAUAUAAGAACCGAAGAAGGCCACAUAAUAAAGGCCAGAAUCAGCUGGUCGUUGCUGUAUAAUGUCAUUGUUGUUGGGUCCCGAUUGAGCGUCGCUGGAUGUUGCCGUGUUGCAUUUCGACCGGUCAGCGGUAACGUACAUAUAUACUAAUCGGUCGUCGAUUGAUGUUUGUUAUCUAUUCUUCAGAUUCCAAAAUGUUGACUAUGGGUGAGAGCGUACGAAAACAGGACAAUUUCUUUCGUUGUUGAUUUAUCAGCAGCGGCGCGCCCAGGGUAACUCAAAAAUUGUUUAUAGAAAUUAUUCGCGCGUUCGGACACGGCGGAACCAGCGCCGCCGCCGCCGCCGCCGCCGCCGCCGCCGUCGUCAGUGCUGCUUUUCUAGUAGCAACAGCAACAGCAACUGCUACUGCUGCGACAGAAGGAAUGGGUGUCGCUCCUGGUGUAUCCACACUAGAUUAUCAUUGGCUGGCUAGGUUAAUGCUGCCACUCUGCGUCUCUCACCCAGAAGGCCACAGCACAGCAAAGUCAAACGCUCUUGUGGCUGACUGACACUGAUUAUCUACUGAACUGAUUGUGCUUUCUGCUGAGUGACGUGCUGCGCUCUGCUAAGUACCCCGCUGCCGCUGCUACUGCUGAUGAUGUGGAGCGGCGUGGGCAAAAAGCGCGCGGCUUUCUCUCUCGAUGGCGGUGGUGGUGCCGGUGGUAGACUAUGGCGGUGGAAAGUACUAACGGAUGGACAGCCUUGAAUAAAUGGUAUGGCUGUUGUUAAUGCUGUUGCUACCGGUUUUCGACUGACGACUGACUAUUUAAUCUCGGCUUGGGCUUAUCUCGGAUAAGCUGUCCAAUGUGCUGCCGCCGUCAAUGAAAUCUAACCGCACGAAUCGAUGACCGUCGAUAUUGGCUCCAUGACAGAUCCGAGUGAGCUUUUUUUUUUGGCCACGUUUGUAAAGACGUCAAGCUACACUGCUUAUAAAUGACGGCUAUUGUUCGGCAAAGAGUCAACUAGUAGAUUCGAUCAGAUCACGCAACAUCACAUGCGCUCAAUGUAUUUUUCCAAGCUAAUGAUUAAGCGGGAACUUCAAGCGCACUACAAUUCACUGGCUGCCUAGUCGAUAUAUUUUCAAUGAUAUCAACAGCCGCACAAAGAACUCCAUUUGUGAAAACCCAAACAUCUUCUCACUGGAUAGGAUGACAGCGAUGAAAAAAAUGUCGUUUAUGACCUUGGAAGCAUGUCGUAGUAGGCAUAUUGUUGCAAUCAAAAGUUGUGUUCCAUCGCGUGCAUGUGCUAGCGUUUUCUUAGGAUAAACAAUAUCAGUAGAGUAACUGCGCCGAUCGCGGGAACUUGGGUUCAGAUAUACGCUAAGUGGAGGCGAAAGUGCAAGUUGACUAUGGUGGGAACUAAACGAAGCGUUUGACUUGCACUUCCAUUUGCAUAUCUGCACUGUCUUCAUUAUUCUGCCAAGAAACUAUGUUGCAAACGGCUUCUGCCACGCGGCUUUUCUCAUACGUUUCAACGAAUGAAUUGGGACUGUUUUGUUCAUAGUCGUACGAGGGUUGGUAAUCCCCUUGCUAACGAGUGCCUUUCAUCCAGAUGAUCAAGCAAUAAUUCAAGAGAUACUUUUGAAUCAGUGCUCAAGGUUGGUUGAAUUGUGACUUAGUUACAGAGCUCUGUGGCCACCUGUUAUAGUCCUAUUCAUUCGAUUAUGCUGUUGUCGAUCUGACAUUUUUAACUAUGCUAUUGAUCCGCAUUGGGAGUGCAAAAUCUCUACCCUUGCUCGCUCGGUUGCUGGCGACAUGUUUGUGUUGACUUCUCUGAACAGAAACCCAACGACUUUACCGGGUCUAUCUCGGUAGGUCAUUUUGCAUGACUUUAUCACAUACGGCAAUCUACCUAGUUUUAUCAACAAUUUUUGGAAAAUCCCCAGCUUACCGAAAGGGCUAUGCGUGGUACACGUGUGCAUUGAGCACCAACUAGAUUAAAAGGGUUACGGACGUCAUACAAAAUUGUCGAUGACGGAAACGAUAGCCGCAAAUAGCAUGUGUGAUUCGACUGUGCAUGCCACCGCAAGCGGACAGGGUUGUCAUCGAAAUAAGAAGACCGAAUUCGUAUCUCCUUAAAAAGUGGUUCAAAUGAAUAAAUAAUGCUAAGGAUCAGUUAUGCUGGUGUUGUAAGAAGGAAUAUAAAUGGUAGCUAAUUCAUACAAUCGUCAUGAACAUCCUUGAAAACCACAUCGUUUUCGUGCUUCGCUUGCUCUUCGCGGUGAAUUGGUAACAAAACGUGGUUUCUAGAAAAGUGACUAGCGAGUAAAGCGUGUGGAAUAAGAGAGAUUCAAAUCCGAGAUCGUUCCCUCUAUCUUCUCUAGCGACACCCUCAUUUUGAGCUUCAGUUGACUGUCGCCCGAAAUCUCGCUGAUGACAUCGAUCGUGAUUGUCACACACAGCAAAUCAGUCAUGCGUCACCAACCCCACCGUCGUGUCUUGCCUAAGUUGAACACUGUUUCAGUGCAAUGUAGUGGAGUGUCGUGAGAGCUGUUCGAGUCAACGCGAAGUACUGUUACCAAACGAAAACAUUGCGUGCCAGUUUAUAUUCAGCGAACGGCGUCUUCUUAGCUAACAUCUUCAUGAAGUUUGGCGUUCAUGAAGCUCUGUCUCGGACUAGAUAGCCUCUUUCGGGUGGCCCAGUAUUUCGGACGGGACCAAAGAAAAAACGACAAUGGCACAUUUUGGGUGGAGAAGGCCUCGGUGAAUCGUAGGUCUCCCUUUGAUGCCCCCGACAAGUCCGCCAUAAUGGAGCUUCCACGUUUAAAUGUGCUGCCCGCUGCAGAGCUUUGCUUCGUGAUGCAAUCGGGUGUUCAACGCGACUCGGUGUCGAUAGAGAGCUGUGACCUUAACCUCAAGUCACUAAAGGAUCUUGCAUGUAACUUCGUCGACCGAAAAUUUCCAGAUCACGGACUUAAUCGACUUCCCGAGCGUUUACUAUUGUUUCGACACGAUUACUCCGCUGAGGCACUCUUGGUGCCUAUUAACAGCGUAUCCGAGAUCAAUGAGGGAACGUUGGUCGAGGUUGUCGUAUCACAAAAGGACCCGUCAGAUGACGUGGACAUCAGGCCACACUGCCUUGCCGUUCAUUCAUACAAGUCGCCGACGUUCUGUGACUUCUGUGGUGAGAUGCUGUUCGGCCUUGUGCGGCAAGGCCUGAAAUGUGAUGGCUGCGGACAAAAUUUUCACAAACGGUGUGCAUAUAAGAUUCCUAAUAAUUGUACACACACACGCAGACGGAGAUCUUCCAGUUAUCUUCCGGUGACACCACCAACUCCAACGGGCCAUAAGUCAUCGAGCCCCAGUUGUGAAUUUAAGGAACUUGGCGGAGCUGGAAAACAACUUGGAACUCCCGCAGAAGUGACUCGUGCUGCUUCCUCAAUACCAGCUUUCAUCGAUGACCACAGUGCUUUGUUGGCGACUCCUCCGUGUCGCGAGAAGCGUUCGCCGUCACUGAAUAUGGGCCGACCAGCCUGGGUUGAACGAGAACUUGCGGGUCGCAUCAGGAUUCCUCAUUCAUUCCUGGUACACUCCUAUGCAAAACCAACGAUAUGUCAGCACUGCAAAAAGCUUUUAAAGGGUUUAUUCCGCCAAGGAAUGCAAUGCAAAGAUUGCAGAUUUAACGUACAUCGGAAAUGCCAAGACAGAAUUGCUAUGAACUGCCCAGGAGAGGCCCCCAAAGAAUGGCUGCCGGACGACCAUAUUGAGGUUGACAAUUCGGACACAUCGGCCGACACGGCGGUCGAUGGACACGCCGACAAUGACGCUGACAGCGACAACGAUAUUGAUCAUGAGGGUCGCAGCAACAACAAUCUUCACAACAACAACAGCAGCAGCAUGAAUCACAACAAUAACAUGAACCUAAACGCGACAACGGCUGGAACCAUCUCUGUUUCGGCUGUGUCUGCUGGCGUCGGUCGGCACAACGCGAUGCAACCCAGUGAUAGAACGACCCAGUUUCAGAUGCUCUCCGAUGCGUCGGGCAGAAGUGCUGGCGCUACAAUAAGAGGAGAUAUGUCGGAGACAAGUCAAGACGGUGAAAACAAACAGGCACUUAAUGAAAGCUCUUCGAACAACAUUCCGCUCAUGCGAAUCGUCCAAUCAGUAAAGCAUACGAAAAAGCGAGGACAGGGCGCCAUCGUUAAGGAAGGGUGGCUUGUACAUUUCACGGGCAAGGAUGCGCUCAAAAAGAAGCACUUCUGGAGGCUUGAUACAAAAGCUAUCACCAUGUUUCAGAACGAGUCUAGCCCAAAAUACUAUAAGGAAAUACCACUGUCGGAAGUCGUGGCCAUAGAGUUACGCAAGGAAUUUUCACUGCAGCAAUUUUGCUUUGAGCUACGGACAACAACAUGUACCUACUUUGUCGGCGAAGAGCGCGACAAAAGUUGGGAAACAGCCAUCCGCCAAGCGCUUCUACCGGUUUCUGCCACAUCUGCAACGCCUCCAGUGUCGUCAAACAUGACUACGACUGGAAAGGGUGGAACCGCAACAACUGCGGGGGAAAACGGUCAAUCUGGGGCGACCGGAAGCGUUGGGUCGGCCACUGCCAACAGCUCAAACAUGGUUAUAUCUCUCCGAUAUCAGAUAUUUCCGGAUGAGGUUCUCGGCAGUGGGCAGUUCGGCAUCGUUUACGGCGGUGUACAUCGGAUGACUCAACAGCCCGUUGCUAUCAAGGUUAUCGAUAAAUUGCGCUUCCCCACAAAACAAGAAGCACAGCUAAAAAAUGAAGUAUCGAUUUUAGAAAACAUCCAUCAUCCUGGUGUUGUGACGCUUGAACGGACCUAUGAGACCCACGAACGAAUUUUUGUCGUUAUGGAAAAACUCAAAGGCGACAUGCUAGAAAUGAUCCUACAGUCACCCAAGGGAAGACUGUCGGAACGCACAACUCGUUUUCUCAUUUACCAGAUCCUUAUUGCAUUGAAAUUUCUACACUCACAAAACAUCGUCCACUGUGACCUCAAGCCUGAGAAUGUGUUACUUAGCAGUGAUUCCGAAUUCCCUCAGGUGAAACUAUGUGAUUUUGGCUUCGCAAGAAUCAUUGGCGAGAAAAGCUUCCGUCGAUCUGUUGUGGGCACGCCAGCCUAUCUCGCCCCUGAGGUGCUAAGAAAUAAAGGUUAUAACCGUUCGCUUGAUAUGUGGUCCGUUGGCGUAAUCAUUUACGUCAGUCUUUCCGGCACUUUCCCUUUUAAUGAGGAUGAAGACAUUAAUGAUCAGAUCCAGAACGCGGAUUUCAUGUAUCCCCCGCAACCGUGGAGAGAGAUCUCACCUGAAGCCGUCGAUCUUAUCACUAACCUCUUGCAGGUUAAGACAAGAAAGCGUUUAACGGUGGACAAGUCGCUGGUGCACGUGUGGCUGCAGGACUUCGAUACGUGGUCCGACCUUUUACGGUUGGAAGCGCAUGUUAAACAGCGUUAUCUCACGCACGAAUCGGAUGACGCACGUUGGGAGGCGUACGCUCGACAGAAGGGAUUGCCGUUACCGCCGCGCGCCCCCUGCCACGAAGCAGCGCGGCAAUCGGACGCAGCUGAGGUUGAAAGUACACCAGGGCCAAGUAUGGGUGAGACAUCGGGUGGAUUUGGCGGAUCACAUGCUCCUGUCCGACAUAAACUUUCAGUGCAAGCUGAGGUGUCGGAACCGACAACGCCAACGUCCGAGCAACAGUUCAACCGCAUCAAACUCUAACUUGGAUUUGUAUAAAUAUCGGAAGUCUCUGGUCAACAGGUCGAAAGCUGGAGCAUAUGACAAAAAAUGGGCGUCGACCUUAAACUCGAUCAGAAACGUAAACCGAUAAGGUACCUAUUAUUAUAGUCGUAUGAUAUCGUGGCGCGGAUGCUCAAACUCUACAGGUUGAACUUAAGACAUUCUACGUUUGUCGGAAAGACUUCAGAUGUGAACAGAUAACGAGUGCGACGAUCAAGUCGUUGCUGUAUAGUUAAUUACAACUAGAGAAUAUAUAGUACGUAAAUCUAAAGUAAUAAAACGUCGUGGAAAUAGGUACACGUGGCCAGUUAAAUGCUACUAAUGUAUGGAGACAACUGAGGCCGACAUGCGUACCUGGGUAUAUUCACAAUAAUAAGAGCAACAAUAAAAAUAAGGAUUGUAAUAAAAUUAUAAUUGUUUACGGUUGGCAGUACCGACCAUAUCUACGUUGACGUGAUUGUCUAACUGUUAAUUGACUUCUAUUUAAUAUAGCAGGCAUAAUUAUGACGUGCUUGUACAUAAUAGUAGGAAUAUCAUAGUAAAUUUAUAGAUGAUUCAGUGAAGACUCAGGUGCUUGGUAAACAGUAAGAGCAGCAGCGCCACCAGUAGCGUCUGCUAUCAUUGUGAUUGUAGGCUAACUGUUUCUCGAAACGAUACUCCCGAGCGAAAUAACAACAUAAGCAAUGAUUUGAUGUUGAUAAACAUAUGGUGACUUGAAUCCGUCACAGGCGUAGUCGACAAACAAUGACGAUGAAAAUGGAAAACAAGGGGAAACAUUGUCAAUGUGGAAUAGCAAGCUACAACGUAAAUAAACAGCAAAACAACACGCAAGCCUAUAAUCACGGUGCACGGAAACAUUCAAAGUAACGACAGCUACAUAAAGGGCAAAGUUCACAACCAGCGGUCAUCAGUCACAGGCAAGGACAAUCAAUUGUCAGCCAAUCACGAAAAACAUAACGUACUUUGCAUCACUAUAACUUCGUAAUUUAUACCGAUAUUGAAAUCAAGUCCACUAUGAGCAGACGCAAUACCAGUUACGUGACACCGGCAUUGAUGUCAUCAGCGUAGGUUACUGUCCAUACCGAUUGGGGUAUUUGUCUCAUUCGUGGACACAGUGAUAUAUUCAUAUCUUUCACACAAUCUCAAAAGAGACAGAAAGAGAGAACUAACGAAGUUGGCGACUGUGUGCAGCAGGUGAAUGUAAAACGGGUGCAAGGAGGGAAGCAACAUGAUGACUCAUUAAUAAUAAGAGCGAGAUGACAAACGUGAUCAUGGAUGAAGAUAAGAGACGAUUGAUGUAUUAAGUCUAAACAUAAUUGACAAACUUAAUGAAUUGAUUGUGUGUAUACUAUUAGCUAGCGACAAUGAUAUGAGAUGGAUGUCAGUUCCGACUACUAUGAUAACAAUCACAAUAAGAGGAUUGACAAGUUGUAUACCAUACGUAAUGCUGAUGAUUCUUCCAGCGACUACUGCAUAAUAACAAUAAUAGUAAAUAUAUUAAUGGUACGGUAAUCAUGAGAAUCGCAGAACUUGGGAAGGUUCACAGUAACUAUAAAUGUAUAAGUAUCUAGAUGUUUACACACGAAGCGAAAUAAUGCGAAAAAAGAACCACUAUUAAGGACUUACUUAAAAAAAUAUUGCUGCUAGAAAAAAAAUAUACAAAAUGGUGACAUCGAACACGGUGUAUUUUGCGUUAAAAAUAAUACAUCUUUGACAUUUCUUUUUCAUACACGAUCGUAUAGAUACCUGCGCCUAAUGUUUGUAUGUGAGCGAGCCUUCGUCCAUGGGCCUAGCUGUCUCUGGGUGUCUUGUUGCGAAAUCACACAGAGGACAGUGAACUAUAGGGAUGGUGUAAACACAUUUAAACGAUGAUUCCUAGUAGCGGAAAAUUGAAAUCGAACAUUUAUGUACAUGUAGCUAGUGUUUGAGUAGACUGUGUAUCUUUCUGUGAAUACGUGUGUGUGUGUGGAAGCAUCAAGAGAAAUUUAAAUGUACAAAAUCAUCAAAAAAGCAAAUUCUAAUUUUUCAGACGGGACCCACUGGGCAAAUAACAAUGGGCAGUUUUUAAGACGUUCCGACAACAAUGCGUAAAUCAAUGCUGACAAAAAAAAUCUACGAUACUGUACGAGUUACGUUUGAUUUAAUGAUAUACUUUGUUUUGGUUCUCUAAAGACAAACGAGAAAUACAUAAUUCGUCGCUUGCUAAAUCAAAUGCGGUACAACAAAAAAUUAUUUCUUAUGUUUAUACCUCGUUUCGUUCCAAGAUUAACACUCCAUAUACAAAAGUAAUCGUUGAGAGCCACAUUUAGACGAUAAUGAACUGAUCGAUAAUGUUUUUUUGUAGAACUUUGUCCUACGUCGGCACGAAGAAAUGGCGACGGUGCGUAAAAGGGCAGUUGGAUUUUUGCGGAGACUAGCAGAGCCAGUCUGGACAUUUUGACAAAAUGAAGGGGCUAACCUUUCUCUUCACCUAUAUGUUUACGUUGUAUCGUUACGAAAAUCGUUGUUUCGGCUCUCGAAGACUUGUACUUUACCUUUGAGUUCCGAACAAAUUAAGGCCAUUAGAGGUUUAUAAUAAUAUUUUCUUCCCACGUGGGGAUGAACAAAUAAAUUUGUCAGCACACGCAAAGCUCCUUCCUAUUUGCUUGAGGGCUAAUAGCCUUGCUGUACUUAAACUAAACGAUUGUGGUUGUGUCCUGAAAGAAAAAUAGAAAAAAGGCUCCAUUCUUACAUUUCUAUUAUAAUAAUGAAUAACGACUAUACACUGAAAAACUUCUGUAGUAUAAUACUUAUGAUAACCAUACUCAGAAGUCGAUAUCAGAUCUUCCCAACGUUUAAUAUCACUAGUAACGCAGGACCGGUUUUGUCAACUUUUGCAGAUCAAUGUCUGACACUCUCUCAGAUCUAGGUGAUUACCUUAAUGAGUGUUCAAUGGAACCUAAGUACGAGACACAUUUGAAAGAAAUAGAUACAUUUUACGAAUAUAGAAGGCUAUAAUUAUAGGCGUUUAUUAUAAUGUACCACAACCAUUAAGCGUCCCCUACAAACAUUUUUGUCAUCUUUGUUAUCUCCUGCCAGUAAUAAACGUUCUUCUUAAACUUAGUUGUUACACAGUCUGAAAAAACAUUUUGUUAAACUUAUGAGUUCUUUGACAGCUUUAAAGUUAUCUUUUUUGCUAAUCUGUGAAAAUUAGUCUAGUUAAAUCUGUUACUUCUCGAAGGGCAAUGAUAACGACAAUAAUCAACAGUUCGAAUGUCAGAUAUAUUUAGUUAAUAUCUGUGAUGAUUUUUUUUUACUUCACAUUACACCAAUGGGCUGUAUAGCUGUGCUGAAGGAUAGAAUUAAACCGAACCAAAAUUUUUUUCCGAUAGUCGGUAAUCGCUAAUUGACCGUUAAGCUUUAUACAGCAAAAUAGAAGUACAACAACCUCAAAGAAAUAUUAUCAUUAAUCUGUCCCGCACCGUAAUACUGAAGAAAAAAAGAAAAGCUUCAAUGAUGUCUCCGUUAAGCAAUCUUACCCAGGAACAAACCCAUCCGAUACUUUAAUGACACUUACAUUUAUGCUACCAAGUUAUGCUUCGAACGUACGGUUGUCUCGUUUGACCCUAGCAUCACAAACAUACUGUUAAAACAAUAUCCCAGGAUAAACAAAUAACAUGGUUAUGUUUCUAGAAAAACGCGGACGAACAGACAACAGGCGAUGUUUGGCCGUUUAAAUGUAGCUAAAGUAUUCGCUAUGAAUUUGUUUAUCAAUGAGGCCUUCAAGAUUUUCGUGCAAAGCUAUUUUUUCACGACCAUUUUCCAGAGCCUACGACAUAAUAGACGUUGCAUCCUUGACACCAGUUUUGAACUGAAAUACGCCCAUUUGAAUCAAACGCAGAUGUUGCCUUCGUAUAUCUUUACUGCAAUAGAUUUUUUUAAGUCAGCUGAAUAUUACAUGACCAUUUAAAGAUGUGGUCUAAGGGAGCUGCUUCUAAAUUGGGUUACUGAAUGAGCCUACACACAAAAGACACGUCCUACCUUAGUUUAAAUGAAUAUUGCUCUCAAUACAUCACUUUUCUAGCCUCUUAUAUACAUAUUAUACAAUACUGUAAUAUAAUAAAACACAACAUAAGAAAGAUCAGCUGAUCUUCGUGCCAUUGUAUUACAAUAUUAGUCUUUGAAAGUGCGGUUGGUGACAGCUGAUAUUCUCUGUUUAAAAUUUUUUAAGUUUUUUGACAUUUAGGGUAAGUGACAUUUCAUAGCGCAGUGUCACACGCAAUUUGAAACAGAGGAGGUCGUAUUGCUUCAUACCUUUAGAUUGAAAGCUUUCACGUCUCACCACGGAUUCAUUGUACACACCUCGCAAGGCGUUUAGUAAGCAGGAUUAUGUUAAGUUCAUAGGUACCUUAAUAUAAGGCUACAGGUACGCGCAUGGACAAAUAACAACGCCGUAUUUGCUAUUGGGUAUACCAAUGAACCUUGGGCCAUGCAACAGUCGUGAUAGUAGUUUACGUUUAUGUAAUAUUGGUCGAUAUAGUUCCAAACCUGUAGAUCAAAUCCUAACCUGGAGAGACGUCAAAUUUCCUACAAUGAGCCAAAUAAUAAUGACAAUAGUAAUAGUACUUUCGGAAUAUAGUAGACGACUUCACGUAAUCGAGUUACGUUUCCUUUGUCUUUAUCGCUUACUAUGUAUGGGAAUACAUAAUCAUUGUGUAUGAUGUCGUAAUUUUAUUAUUACCUGUUACCUGAUCGACCAGUUUCGCCAUGAAUGAGGGAAUGAGUGCCAUCAACACUAAGCUGACCUUUGCUAAUCGGCUGCGCACCUCAGGCAUUUCGGCACAGCAAACUACACUUGAGCCCCAUGUGUAUUCGCUGGGAUUGUAGUGAUUUACAUUAAAAUGUAGCAUUGGAAUUCCAAUCUAAAGAAGCCCUCUUGCAAAAACGGAGUACUUAUUCUUAAAUGCGGACAGACUGAAGACUGGCCUAGUAAAUAAUUCAAAAUCAGAUAACCGGAGAGGUUUGUAAAGAAUGAUUAUGAUGGGAAAAACAUUACGAUGUUUUUGCCUCGAAGGCCGGUCCAGUGCUGACAAAUACUAGCCACGUCCCCUUCACGGUUGUGUGCUAUCGUUGUUACGACUACAGCUAUCUACUGACAUGCAUUAUGAAUUACCUACUUGGAUUAUAUAUACGUGGUGAUAUCGUGUGUUGUCUAAUUGACGGAUGUAGCUUAAUCUUUCGAUGUGAUGUAAACCCGCUUGUUGUAAAUAUUCCUUACAUUUUCUCCCUGAAAGAAAAAAAACUGAGAUGCUGUAAGUGAUUGAUAACACUAGACCGGCGGCAAUAAUGUGGCAACAACUUCCCCAUAGAUAGCACAAGUGAUUCGUAGUCGUAGAAAGUACUAAAAAAUGUGUUGAAUGCAAAACAUCGAAGCGUACGAUUAUAAAUACACGCAAAAACUAUGAGAGUUACCGAUUUCGUGCUAGAUUAUAGCAGAUCCUUAAAGACUGGCGAGGGCUUUUCGCAACAAUAACCGGGUAGAUCAAACUGCAACACAUGCAAUUAAUCAAUGAAUCAAGCAAGCUAGUAAUGAGGAUAAUGGCGCAUAAUUGUUUUUUUAAGGAAACAUCACAUUUCCACUGAAACAAGUUAAACAACAACGAUAUAGUCAACGCAGGAUUAUAACAUACAAUAAUAACUAAGAAUUUUGAACAUAAUUGAUAUAUAUGAACGAAAACAUCUGCUGCACGACGUUUGUCGACGUUGCUUCUUAGAAAGUGAACCAAAAGGUUAAACCGACGAUACAGGAUGCCUAGCGAAAAAAAACUGGAAUACCAUGACCCCAGAAGACACAGCCAUUCAGUCUACUUGCGUCAAAUUGAAGUCAAUUGGGUGCAACAAAGCUUUUUUCACAACAAACGUCUUAAUAACACGCAAAAGACCAUUACACCGUUAUUUCUAUAUAUAUAUAUAUACGUCAUCGAAUGGCUACAACAAAAACAUUUUGAAGAGUACUGUCAAUGUAUAGCGGAAUAGUCCUGAACCUGGUUUUGUCGUUCAGGUAACUAAAAAAAAAAACACUCGAGACCUAAUUAAGCCCAUUAACAGAACUAUCGUAACAAAUUAACCGAAUACUCGAACGGGGUAGCGAUCCUGCGGUCUAACGAAAAUGGGUUAUACCUAUCAAUUUCUCUUCCAUUUCCCUAUUAUUCUUCACGCGAUCGGAAGAAGUCCAAUGAGUUCCCAGUCGCUAUUGGUUGACAAGUCGGUUAACUAUGUCGUCACAUGGAGCACAAACAUCAAAAGCAAAUAGGUUUAUGUGUAUGAUUAUAUCCGAGUAGAAAAAAGUGUUUUUAACGAAGAUUUUCCUGUGGUCUAAUAUAUUCAGUUACUAAACAGCGCCAGCAAAAUAUUACUGAAGAGAACGGGUCACGACGUCUAAUAAUACGUAACAAUUGUAAAUUACUGAGAUUACAAUACAACGCAAUACUCUACACACCGAUCAUUCAAACAACACCAGCACCGCAGUUCAAAAUGAAACGAAGAACGCUAUAAUGACAAUACGACACAUAAUGAAAACAGCGGCUAUGUACGUUAAGAUUAUUCGAGAAGCACGUAUAUUACAACUAUUGUUCAAGAUUCUCCCCGGGUCGACCACGUAUAUCAGGAUAGAAGUUCACAAAAUGCUUCAUUAAGUGGUGGUAAAUGUAGUUGAUUGGAAGGUGUCGUAGGGGGCUAAAAAACAGGAAAGCCGAUUUAAAAUUUUCCGAGGUACACAGGAUGGUUUUGAGGGCUCCAGUCGUUUCUAUAAUAUUAGAGUGCAGAGACCCCCUAAAUAUAAGUGUUUGCCAUUGGCUAUUUUUCAGGCUAUUGUUUAGCUUUCGCUUUAUACAUGGCACAAUCUAUUUAUAAAGUAACGCGUAGCAAUUUUUAAAUGAAAUGGGUACAAAAAAAGCUACUCAGAGAGAACGAACGGAUUAAAUUUCAAAAUCAUCCUACUUUUGUAACUUUAAACUAUAACUUAUUCAGAUCGCACAUAAUUCGCAAAGGCUUUGAGAAUUAGUUCAUUUAGAACUAAGAAAACACAGCCCUAACUUGCUAAUGGCAAACAGUUAUAUUUGCAUAAUUAUAUAUAAUUGAUGGAAGAUUUGCGUUUAACUAGUUACUACAGCAGAGAAAUAGCAGUAGAACGAUGCAGAGACACCAAAAUUUUUCUUGUAUUUUGAUUCUCAUGCAAGAGCUAUGAAUUUCCCAGGAACACAAACUUACUUUACAUAAAACUAUAGAGAGCAACAAUAAUUGGCAAUAGAGAAAAAGUUGCAAAUUGACUACAACAUCGAUUAACUGUAUACAAAUAUACACAUAGUCAGACGUAUCCAAGCAUAUCAGUUUCAACUGUCAUUAAGAGUUUGAGGGUAAAUCAAAUACAUAUUGUCAUAUAAACAUAGUCUAUAUUUGAAAAAGCACAUGUGGAAAAACCCGCUACAUCAGAUUAAGAGUAUCAGCGUUGUAGUACUGAAGGGUAGUCUCUGUCACAAUAUGCUAGAUGAGUCUGGGUAAAUCCAUAAUCAAUGAAAAUACUGAUAAUAACGACUGUAAAGUGACUCUCAAUAGACGUGUCCCAGCCCCCAGAGGAAGGAAGGAGCUAUACAAGGGAUUUUUCACUUGUUUGCGGCCUUCAAUGCCUAUAUGAGUAAAUCUACAAGGACUACUUACU